AUGACAUCGUUGGUUAAAGCUUUUCCUGUAUCUCUUCCUUUCUUGAGAAUUCCAGAGAGCAGCAAGCAUCAUUUUCAAGUGAAGGUACGGAGUUUAGACAGUGGUGUCAACUCAACUUCGACAGGAUUUUCAUCAGAUUCAGUGGUCGUGAAUGGAAGGAGUUUCACAAGAGGCAAAGAUGAGGCGGAGUCUCUGUUUGAUGGUGGUGCUGUUGAGCAGAAAGAGAAGAGCGUGGCUCCUCUGGUUGAUGACGGGAAUGAGAGAUUUAUGAGGUUAAGCAGUGUUCGUGAGAAAAAUAGAGGGAAAGGUGCUAUUUCAGAGGAUAUGGAUGUGUUAUGGGAUGAUGGAUAUGGGAACAAGACUGUGAAAGACUAUCUUAUUGCAUCUAAAGAUAUGAUUAGGCCAGAUGGAGGGCCACCUCGUUGGUUUUGUCCUGUUGAGUGUGGGCAACCUCUCAAAGAUUCUCCCAUUCUUCUGUUUCUUCCUGGGACCGAUGGUGUUGGCUUGGGACUUACGUUGCAUCAUAAGGCACUUGGGAAGGUGUUUGAAGUUAGGUGCCUCCAUAUUCCAGUUUAUGACCGAACUCCAUUUCAAGGCCUAGUGAAAUUUGUGGAAGACACUCUGAAGUUUGAGCAUGCCUCAUCUCCGAAUAAGCCAAUUUAUCUGGUAGGGGAUUCAUUUGGAGGAUGUUUAGCUCUUGCUGUCGCUGCCCGGAAUCCUCAAAUAGACCUUGUAGUCGUACUUGUCAAUCCAGCAACUUCGUUUACUAGGUCUCAGAUACAACCUCUGCUUCCUGUCUUGGAGGCUAUGCCUGACGAAUUCCAUAGUCUGGUUCCCUAUCUUUUGAGCGGCAUCAUGGGUAAUCCAUUGAAAAUGGCAAUGGUUGAUUUGGAAGAUAGGCUUCCUCCAAGAGCGAAAAUUGAACAGUUGUCUGGAAAACUUACAUCGUUACUUGGUUAUCUUUCUGUGUUAAGUGAAAUUAUUCCAAAGGAAACUCUUGUUUGGAAGCUGAAACUGAUACAGACAGGUUCUUCUUAUGCUAAUUCACGUCUGCAUGCUGUAAAAGCUGAAGUACUACUACUCGCCAGUGGCCAAGAUUCUAUGCUUCCUAGCAAAAAUGAAGCUCAACGUCUGAAAAAGGGGUUGCAGAAUUGUCAAGUUCGUUACUUCAAAGACAACGGGCAUACCCUUCUAUUGGAAGAGGGCCUCAGUUUGCUUACUAUCAUUAAGGGUGUAGGCAAAUAUCGUCGUUCGCGGAAGGUCGAUUUUGUCAGGGAUUAUGUCCCACCCAGCAAAUCAGAAUUUGAACGGGUAUUCUUCAAAGAUGGCAGGUUCAUGCAGGCAGCUACUGGAACUGUGAUGCUGUCAACAUUACAAGAUGGAAGUAUAGUGAAAGGUCUAGCAGGAGUUCCAACACAAGGGCCUGUGCUGUUAGUUGGGUACCACAUGCUGAUGGGUAUUGAACUUCAGUCCCUUGUUGGGGAGUACUUGAAACAGAAGAACAUCCUCCUUCGCGGUAUAGCUCAUCCAGCAAUAUUCGGCGGCAGAUUCGAGUCCUCAUCCUCUGAGUUCAAUUUCCAGGACUGGAUUAAAGUGAUGGGUGGAGUACCAGUUGCAGCAAGCAAUUUUUUCAAAUUGCUCUCAUCAAAAUCACAUGUUCUUCUUUAUCCAGGAGGUGCCCGAGAGGCUCUACAUUACAAGGGGGAAGCACACAAGCUGAUCUGGCCUGAACAACAGGAAUUUGUCAGAAUGGCUGCCAAGUUCGGAGCUACAAUUGUACCGUUUGGAGGCGUUGGAGAGGAUGAUCUAGUAGAGUUAGUUCUGGACUACAAAGACCUGAUGAACAUCCCUAUCCUGAACAACUAUGUUAGAGACAGUGCUCGCAGUGGUCCGAGAGUGAGGGAUGAGGCCAAAGGAGAAGUUGCCAACCAACAACUCUUUAUUCCAGGGCUUUUGCCAAAGGUUCCUGGCCGAAUGUAUUUUCUCUUCGGGAAGCCUAUAGAGACUACAGGAAGGGAAGACAUCCUCAGAAACAGAGAAGAAGCUCACCAGCUCUACUUGCAGAUAAAAUCUGAUGUCCAAACAAAUAUAGAUUACCUUUUGAAGAAGAGAGAGAAGGAUCCUUACCGGAGUGUUUUUGACAGAAUGGUUUUCCGUGCACUGUAUCCUUCUUUGCAGGAAGUUCCCACAUUUGAUCUCUAA